CUCAGAGAUAUGCUUACCUUCAGAAUCUCAUGGAAUUGAAUAUCACAUACUCUGUAUAAAUACCUUCACAGAGAUAUGUGAUACUCACCAAAAUCUGCCACCAUUGAUUCUCAAGCUCCAAUUGUUGCUUCUGUUUUCCAUUCAAAUUUCCAAUCUCCCACUGUUUCUGCAACUCCCAUGGGUUCAUCAGAAACUCAUGUUGUUGAUUCUCAUAAUCAAAACCAUCCUGAAAUUCCAAUUGUUGGAUCUGAAACCCAGAAUGUUGCUCAUGCAAUUCAAACAGAUACACAUGUUGUUGAUUCUGAAAACCAACACCAUGCUGAAAAUCCAAUUGCUGGAAAUCAAACCCCCCCUAAUGUUGAUCAGACAGUUCCAACAGUUGUUGCACAAAGUGAUCCAAUUAUUGAUAAUGGUAAGAAGAGGAUUUCGGUUGAAUUGGAAGAUGAAAGGGCCAAUAGGUUAAAGGUCACAUUAUGGGAUGAGCACGCAGACAGGGUUUAUAACAUGAUGACUAAAAAUCCUGAUUACCCUGUUGUCCUGAUUGUUCAGUACGUGAAAUGCAAAAAAAUACUACUGAUCUUCCUAAAUGACGUGACCAUUCCAGAUGCAGAAAUUAGGUCUGCAAGCAUCCAAAAGAUUUCCCUCCUAUCUUCCAUUUCAGGAUACACAAAUUUCGAGGAAUUUGUGCAUGAUGCUGAGAUGUUGACACUGGCUAGGAUUGAUGAUUUGGAACAGGCUUCUGGUGUUGUUGUUUUUGCAAAAAUAUCUGGAUUGGCAAAAGAGUAUGACUGGUCAUACAUAGGUUGCAGCAACUGUAACAGUAAGGUUGUUGAGAUAGAAUCAUCUGCAAAGGAAAACAUCACUGGGGGAAUAAAAGGUUACCCUGACAUUCUAGAUGAGAUUGUGGGGAAAAAGUGUUUGUUCAAGCUAGAUGUCUCAGACUAUAACAUUAGAAACAACACCAGUGAGAUAUCAGUUGCAAGGGUUACAACAGAUGCAGACGUUAUAAGGAAGUACCUUGAUGCUGUUUCAGAUGAUCAGACUAUAGUUUCGUACACUGAUGAUACCGAUAUUGGAGCUCCUGGAGAUGAAACAGGUGAAAGUCCUCCACCGAAGAAAAAUGCAUAUGCACAAUGUGGUGAAGAAAGUGUCAAGUCGCACCCCAACAAGUGUGUCAGGAAGCUUUAA